AUGUUAGGACACCUAGCAGUGUUGACAGUGCUUUUCGCACUAGCAUCUGCCAGGCAGGCUAUUGUAGACCUUGGAUAUGCGAAAUACAGAGGACAGGCGCUUUCGAACGGUGUUGCACAGUGGCUGGGGAUACGUUACGCUGCGCCCCCUCUUGGGUCGUUGCGUUUCUCUGCGCCGCAAGACCCUGAGAGAGUGUACGGGAUUCAGGACGCGUCUCAGCAUGGGCCCCUCUGUCUCGCGACUGAUGAAUACCCGAUCCCAGCGGGCGUGUCUGAGGACUGUCUCUUCCUUGACGUUUACGCACCUGCACGGUUCAGAGGAGUAACGCCUAAACUCCUACCUGUAUACGUCUUUAUCCAGGGUGGCGGGUACAAUAUAGAUGGAAACCCUUAUUACAAUGCGGCGGGCCUGCUUCACGCCUCUGAUAUGAACAUCGUCGUUGUAACCUUCAAUUAUCGGGUCGGCCCGUAUGGUUUUUUGGGCGGCUCUGAGAUAAGCAAACACGGCGGCAUAAAUAGCGGUCUCAAGGAUCAAAUCAAGGUCCUCAAAUGGGUUCAGAAGCAUAUCAGAAAGUUUGGGGGAGAUCCAGACCAUGUGGUGGUGGGCGGUGAUAGUGCAGGCGCGGCUUCCGUAACCCUACUUCUCUCCGCGUAUGGUGGCCGAGAUGACGGCCUUUUCCAUGCUACUAUCGCCGAGUCGCCGAGUUUCGCGCCCAUGUUCACCAUAGAUGAGUCGCAGUUUGCCUACGACAACCUAGUCUCCCGAACCGGCUGCAGCACGGCGAUGGACACCCUCGCCUGUCUCCGAGGCCUCGAUAUCGCAACCCUCCAGCGCGAAAACAUUGCCACGCCACUCCCUGGCGCACAAGAACCGCCCCUAUUCUUUUACGGACCCAUGGUUGACGGCGACCUUGUCCCUGACUACACGUACCGCAUGUUCGAAGAAGCCUUCGUCCCUCCAAACCUCACCUCUAUAGCAGCGGCAGAUACCUUCCUCCAAGCACAGUUUCCCGCACUUAAACCUCAACACCUCUCUAGGAUACACGAUUACUAUCUCCGAAAUAUCAACUCUAGCCAACUUUACCCUAACGCCACUCGUUACUGGCACCCAGUAAGCAACGCCUACGGUGAGCUCCGCUACAAAUGCCCUGGCAUUGCCAUGUCCAAAAUAUACGACAAGGCCGGCGUCCCAAACUGGAACUACCAUUACUCCGUUCUGGACCCGGCAGAUCAAGCCUCAGGCAAAGGAGUCUGGCACGUUGUUGAACUUAACGCAAUCUGGGGACCAGAAAAUAUGUGGUGGUCGGAGACUAUCUCGAAUCCACCGCCGGAGUCUUAUUACACGUCUAAUGCGCCCAUAAUUCCAGUCAUGCAAGGUUACUGGACGAGUUUCAUUAGGAGUUUUAAUCCGAACACGUAUCGUUACCCCGGGAGUCCGAAAUGGGAGACCUGGAGCGGUGGUGGAAGAAGUGGAGAAGAGGGUUAUCAGCGGCUUUUUAUCCGGACGGGAGAGACGAGGAUGGAAAGUGUGCCGGAGAACCAAAGGGAAAGGUGUGAGUACCUUAUUUCGAUUGGGGUGGAUUUGACGCAGUGA